AUGGACCUUGCUUGCAGGUGGGCUUUGGAUUGGAUAUGGGCAUUUUAUAUAAGCCAUGAGGCAGUCUUGCGAGGGGGUCUACCACAUCUUUUCCAAAAUCGUGGACUGGCGCGAGCGCAAGCCUUCCGAAACGCUUUGUCUCAUACGGGAACAGUACAGAUUCGUGUGACUUCACAGGUCCCCGAAAACAAAUACACACAGCUUAUAGACAGUACUUUUUCAUCAACGCUGCGCGACGCAUCCUCCUCUGUUGUUGCAAGAAGUGACUCAUAUUUGAGAGGAAUGACGAGCAACGACGGUGGUAGCAAUAGUAGCACACCGAUGACAAUGGCGACUUCGGCGCAAGAGAAGUUGGCUGCAUCGGCUCGCAAGCUGAUUCGCAACGUCGAAGACGCCAUUUCCAAAAAGAACAACUCCGAUACUAACAGUAAGGAGGGAGGCUCCUCAAUAGAAAGUGCGUUUCGAGCAAUGUUCAGCGUUUGUACAAAUGGCGCAGGAAUGGUUUCGUCCGAAGCUAAAGAUCUCGAUCUCAGUGUCGCGCCAUGUAAUGGUAGCGGCACUCCACGCGUUGAAUGGUGCGAUCCAACUGAUCCCAGGGCGUCCUCACAACCACAAGAAGCGUCUCAGCAACCAGGUCUUUCCAGCACCGCCAAGUCUGACAAUGGCGAGCAUAUAUACGCUCAGCUCUUUUUCGACGAUCAAAUCAGAGCAGCGAAAGCUGUAAAUGCAGUGAGAGAUCAAGACUACAAAUCUCCGGAAGUUACUACCCGCGCCUUCCCUGUACCAAGGCCAUUCCAUGUGUCGGCUCCACAUCAGACGUCACCUUUUCGAAGAGAUUCGGCUCCGCUCAAAUCAGAUGAACUCAAUAUUCCUUGCAACACGACCUUCGACGAUAGCAUCUCUGCCAUCUCAGCGCACACACUUGAAGCCAUGGAACAGUCACAAAAGGCUCAACUCUUGAAGCUUCAGUCACAAUCCAGUGAGUCGUUGCUAUUCCCAGCUUUGAAUCCAAGAUUAAAACCUCCCUCUUCUGCUCAAAGACAAGAAGGAAGUAUAGGUGCUAGUCCGAGUCCCUUUGCUCUCCCUCGAUCUAGAAGCAGCAAGAGUUGGUGCAGUAGGAACAGUGGACGUUUCAGCACACCAAGCAAGAACAGUCAUUCGACGCGAACCACCCAGUCAAGCGCUAGUUUCGAACACAUGUGGAAUCAUCAAGAAGCCAAGUUUUGGGAAAAGGAAGUCCAGCAGGAUGAAACUUUCCAGAGAGGCACCAAUCUGUCUUUAACUCAACGCAAUCGAAGCUCGCGCCUUGACAAACAUCCUCAUGACACCGUUCAUUUCGAGCAAAAUAUUGCCGAGGAUGCUGAGCUGGCCGAAAUCUAG